CUUUCUGCCUGGCAAGCUCUUUGGGGACUCUGGCUUUAAAAAAAAAAAAAAUUUAUGUGAUCAUCGUACUUCAUGUUCCUCCCUCGAGUUUUGGUAUGACCCGGCCUACAUGCAAAGCAGAGAGGUUAAACAGGUAUCGCUCCUCUGUUCUCUCUCUCCUCUCUCUCUAUGUGUGAUAAGGUGAAUGCUGAACUUUGGCUUUCUUUCGGCACAUACAAGAUGAGAUAAGUGUUUCUUUUGAUAUGCACCUGCUCGGAUAUGAAUCAGAAGGAGAAACUUGGCUCUUCAUGUCUGACUUUUGUUCCUAAAUAAUUCCCUGGACUAUUAUUAUUUUUUUCGGAUUUGAAUAUUGGCAUGCACGCUCCUGAAGAAGCAUGGACACCUUAGCUUUUACAGCCAUCUUGCUUAUCAUUACAGGGGGCGUGAGCACUCAGACACUACAACCUCUUAACGAGACAGUCCUCCAAUACUCUAAUGCCAGUUUCAACUGUAGUGUGACCGCACCUGGCUGGGUGGUCAUGACUUGGACAGUCAACAGCCGCUUAGCCCUCAGUAUUUUAGAGAGCUCAGGUCCAGUUGGAAGUUCUCCUCGUUAUUCUGCCACAAACUACACGACAGCAGGACUAUACAAGUGGGGUUUCACGAUUAUAGGCGUCACACCAAGUGAUGCUGGAACAGUUGCAUGUCAAGUGCAGGGCGGUCUGCUUAUAUCUGCGACACUGAACGUCCAGCAGACUGGCACAGUGGCAAUUUCGGGGUCAAACCGCACAGCAACAAUAGGAGAUAAGGUUACGUUCCAGUGUCUCGCAGCAGGAUGGUCUCCUGCGGCUGACAUUGCCUGGGCUAUGAAUGGCAAACCGGUGGAUCCCAGUCUCUAUAACACGACUGUGACAAACGGAAACCUCAUGAACACCAGCAGCACUCUCACAAUCACUGCCAGCAACAACGUUUCUGUGGCCUGUCUGGCUUCUGUUUCUGCUCUCCCAUCGCCUGAAACCAACACUGUCUACCUUACCGUCCAGAAGGCCCGGGUCAUAGACUGGACCGUGUUAAUAGCGACCACUGUGGCCUUCAGCCUGGCUGCACUUUUAUUCCUCAUCAUCUACGGCAUCAUCUUCUUCUGUGGAAAGAAGCGGAAGAGAAGGAGGUCACGAUAUCAGGAGGAAGUGAGGGCACAAACUCAAGCCCAUAGAGCUUAUAGGCAACCCGGAUACGCAGGACGGGCACAGGAGAACUUGGGAUAUAUUGAAGAGAGACCUAGAGUAGACAACCGUGAUGGGGUGUACACCAUCACCAACCAUCGACAUGCCAAUUAUCCCAGCAAAAACCAGCAUCCUGAUGCUUAUUCGAACCGAAAUGACAACAGUUCUGUUUUUGACAGUUAUUCUGUCGAUUUGCCCGGGCUCCAAAAACUCAGACAUUUGACUAUUGUCUAAAUAAACAAAGAGUUUUAUUGUUUCUAAAUUCCGUCUUAAUUUAUUACUUAAAGAUGUUGUAUAGCGAAUUGUGCACUGACUACAAGACAAACAUUUACAUUGAAGGCUGAUUAAAACAAAAUAUGUUACAUAACUGUACUAUGAGGGGGGUUUGAGUGAAACUGGGACUUUUUAUUGUUUUGAGUAACAGAACCCAGUUAUGAGAGUAAAAUCUCACUUUAUUUAUCUGUAUACACUAAAGCACAUAUCCCAGCAUCUCACCAGUGCUUGAAGACCAUCAAGGUAGAACACUUUAUCAGUAGGCCGGGGCCAUGAUCGGAUCUGCCUGCUUCACUUCUGAAACGCUGGCCUCCCAGGAACUCCAUUAAUGGCCCAAACAACAAUAUUAACAUAAUGCAACAAGUUAUCCAUCGAUUUUUAAGGAUCAGGCAUUCCAUUGACUGAAUGUUCAGAGUCUCAUCACAUCUUAUGCUUGAAGUCUUCUGUAAAUGUCAAUAGUUUUAUGACUUUAUUCACCAGAAAUUUCAUCACAAGUCCCAGUAUGACUUAAACACCCCUUUUUUAUAAGAAAGCUACUAUAUUAGACGUAUAAAAGUUUUCUUAAGAAUGUGCAGUUCAUUUUUAACCUAAACAGAAAGCAGCGAUAAGUUUGCAUAUCAGAAGAUAAAAUUGUGGUCAGUGUUCUUAUCAGGUGUUGGAAAACACAUUAGAAACUCAAACAAGACUUACUAAAAGUCAUUAUUGUUUAUGAGAAUGGAUACAGUGCCACAGAAACACCUUCUCUGAAGAUAUAACUGUGAUAUGUGAACUCCAUGCAAACGUAGCAUGUGCCAGUUUUAUCCUCUCUACUUAAUGAAGUAAGACGGCCGGUGACAUUGUCAUUCUUGAUGAAAUAUCUGUACUAUACAGUAACACAUAGCGCAAAGGUUGAUGUGCAUGUGCUCUUUUUUUCUUUGUGUUUAUCAGUGGCUCACAAUCCAGUUAGGUGCAUUCUGCCCCCUACUGUAUUGAAAAGUGUAAAAACGCGAGUGUACUUUGGUACAGAACAAUAUGAAUAAUGUGAUAGCGGGCCAGAAGGGGAGUGGGGAGCAAUCGAACCCUGGGUAUUGCCUAUAGGAGAAGUAGCUAAAGUUUGCUGUAUAUUUGGAAGUAUUUUCUUUCGGUGAAGUUAAAAAUAAAAUUUUAAACUGAGCUCAUAAGUGAAGUCUGCUUAUGCAUCAAUGUACUGUAUGUGCACUAUGUAAAUAUGUUCUAUCUGUCAAUUAUCCACCUGAAAUAAGCUACAAGAUUGACCUUUCUGUGAAACCUGGUACUUUUAAGAACUAAGUUUUUUGGCAAAGACUACUGUUUGAGAUGUAUUUGGAUAUUGUGGUGGAAAAUUAUUUUUGAAUUCUUCUUGGAUUUAUGCAUAUAUUUAUUUUCAUAUCUAAUAAACUGAAUCAGU